AGUGAGCACUACACACACUAGUAGCUCACAACAUAACGACCACCUCAAGACUCAAGCUAGCUAGCUAAGCUCGGAACACAAGCUACUUCAAAGCUUAAUUAGUAGGCUAAGGCUGUAGAUACCCUUCAGCUCUUCUGCCAUGAGCACUCGCAGCAGCAGCAGCGGUAGUGGCGGCGGCCAGACCUCCCAGAUGAUGGCGUUCUCGGAGCAUUCGCUGCCGAAGCCGAUCUUGGGCCAGCCGCUGCCUCAGCUGUCGCCACCAUCAUCGCCGAGCGAGAGGCCGGCUGCGCGUGGCCGGCGGCGCACGCAGGAGCCGGGGCGGUUCCUGGGCGUGCGGCGGCGUCCGUGGGGCCGGUACGCGGCGGAGAUACGCGACCCGACGACGAAGGAGCGUCACUGGCUUGGCACCUUCGACACGGCGCAGGAGGCCGCCCUAGCCUACGACCGUGCCGCGCUCUCCAUGAAGGGCGCCCAGGCGCGCACCAACUUCGUCUACGCGCACACCGCCUACAACAACUACCCGCCCUUCCUCGCGCCGUUCCACCACGCGCAGCAGCCCACAUAUGCGUCCUCGACGAACAUGCAGUACGGCGGCCAGCAGCACGUGAGCGCGGCGGCGCCGCACAUUGGCUCGUAUCACAGCCACGGCGGCGGCGGCUACCAGGCGGGUCUUACCGCCGGCGCUGGCGAGUGCUCCAUGCCGGUGGCUAGUGCCGAUCAUGCCAGCCCGAUGGACAUACGUCACAGUCACAGCGGACACGACUUCCUCUUCCCCAGCGCGGACGACAACUCCGGGUACCUGAGCAGCGUGGUGCCGGAGAGCUGCCUCCGUCCUCGGGGCGGCGACAUGCAGCAGGACGCGCGGCGGUACUCCGUGUCCGACGCCGACGCCUAUGGGAUGGGCCUCCGGGAAGACGUGGAUGACCUGGCGCAGAUGGUGGCCGGGUUUUGGGGCGGUGCCGACGCGGCGUCGGCGUACGGCGGGUUCGUCCCCACGAACGGUGCCGGCCACGACAUGGUCGCCUCAUCGCAGGGCUCGGACACCGGCUACUCCCCCUUCAGCUUCCUCUCCCACUGAAAUGCAUCUAUUAAUGUGCCUGCAUUGCUCAGUGAUCGAUCUGAUCAUGAUCAAUCGUAGCUUAGCAUAGCCGUUUGUUUCGAGAACUUAGUUCGAUCGGCGAGUAACACAGCAGUGCGUAGCUGUAGAUCGUGGAAGAAGACUCAGUCUCAGUGGCACGGUGUGUGUGCCCUAGCUUAGCUAGCUUCAUACUAUGUACUUAGGCUCCUUAGUACUAUCACUACUCUUCUACUACGUUUUCAUGCAUGCAUGGCAUGUUUAAUUGCAUCUCUAAUUUGUUUCUCUCUAA